UAUAGCCGUAAUCUAGAAUUUAUGAACUGUGUAAAGUGGGGCUGUACAGUCACUACAGUUAGUCUUGCAUAGUUAGACUCUCCACCCCUUUUUGACAUUUUGACGUCAACAGGAGUGGAGAGUGUGGCUAAAUGAGACUAAAAAUUGACUGUUAAUGGAGAUAUAUUUUUUAAUGACUUUUACAUUUGUUUUAUUACAUGUAGACACUGGUGACUUGGACAAAAUUAAAACUGAGCUAAAAGAUUUUAAUAUUUCCGACUGGAGAGAAUUUGGAUCAAAAGCUGGCCUCAAAUACGAAACUCUUAAAAUAAUACAAGAGAACAAUGCAAAAGUACAGGAUCGUUUUGAAGAGUGUUUGGCUUACUGGUUGAGAAGGAAGGAUAAUGUUGAUGAUAAAGGAAAGCCAUCAUGGAGAAGAUUAGCUGAGAUAUUAGAGGAACUUGGAGACAAAGCCUUAGCAGACAGAAUUAGAGACAGGAAAGGUGUGCCUAGUGAUGUUCAUAAAGAGGAGCAAGUUAAAAAUGUUACUACUCCUGAUCGCAGCACUCGACUUCCUCGAUUUUUAGAAGAUGACUAUCUUCAAAUGACAACUGAAUUUGCAAAUAUACUUAAACGUUUUGUUUUUGAGGUCUUUAAAGAAAGGGAGGAGAAAUUAAAAGGUGUCCAAGUGUCAUUGGUUAGUAUUAGUCCAUCAAAUCGAAAAGAAAUUGAUGAAGUAGACAGUGAAACUGGACUAACGGCAGUCCUUCGAAAUUAUUGUUCUUUGUCAAAAUUCCAAGUACUAACUACUUUAGCAAAGGAUAUGAAGAUGACUGAUAUUACAGAUGAGCUAAAUCAGUUUGAAGAGAAACGGAAAAAGUUAUACAAGGAGAUUUUAGCAAAGGAUUUUGCAAAGAGUGCCAUUAAAUAUUGUGGUACAACAGGUAGUAGAGAGGUGACAUUUAAAGUAAAAUGGUCUUUUAAGAAAGCAACACUUGAAGAUUUUGAGGAUUUUCUGAAUCAUGCUUUUAGCAGUCUGGACAUUUAUAUUCACUUGAGUGCUGUCCACAAUAGUCUACUGACGUUUGUUUGUGUGAUACCACAUUGGCUAGUGGAUGAGAUGAAGGAUUAUAUUAUAAAGAAUGGUGAUCUUUUUGAGUCUAAAGGAGCAGUUGAAAUUACUGUUGAUGGAACUAUUGUAUUCAGUGUGAAACAUUCAUUGGAGCCUCAUCAGUUGUCAUUAGAGAAUGAAGAAAAGGAGACGGAAUCAUUACAGAGUGAGGAGGAAGCAGAAGAAUAUAUGGAUCAGCAUUAUACACAAGAAGACAGUGGAUCUGGUGAAGGAUAUGCUUGUCUGAUGUUUCAUGAGAAGAAUUCUUUUAUAUAUUUCACUGCUGUACCAGUUAAAAUGUUGACUGCUCUUCUUGAG